AUGGCCAAGAAAGGAACGGAAAACCAAACAGUCAUGCAGGAAUUUCUGCUCUUGGGAUUUGGAGAUCAGUCUGAAACACAAAUAGUUCUCUUCCUCUUGUUCCUGACAAUCUACAUUGUAACCCUUAUUGGAAAUCUCUCCAUCAUCGCCCUUGUUAUAACUGAUCGGCACCUUCACACCCCCAUGUACUUCUUCCUGGGUAACCUCUCCUGUUUGGAAUUCUUCUACAGCUCAACCAUCCUUCCCAGAAUGUUAGUGACUUUCUUUGCUGGUGGGAAAGCCAUUUCUGUGAAUGAAUGCAUUGUUCAGUACUAUUUUUUUGGUUUCCUGCUGGGGACAGAAUGUUACCUUUUAACGGCAAUGUCAUAUGACCGGUACUUAGCGGUAUGUAGACCCCUGCAUUAUGGAAGCCUUAUGAACUGCCGAAUUUGCCUUCAGCUAGCUGCUGGUUCCUGGUUCAGCGGCUUCCUUGCUAACAACAUAGUGAUAUAUUUUAUCUCCCAGCUAUUUUUCUGUGGUCCCAAUGAGAUCGACCAUUUCUUUUGCGAUUUCACCCCUAUGGUGAAACUGUCCUGCAGUGAUACCCAUAUGACUGAAGUGGUCACCAGCAUCAUGGCUGCAGUGUUUACCUUGCCUCCCUUCCUGCUGCCCCUCCUUUCCUACGUAUGUAUCGUAGUCACCAUUCUGAGAAUUCCAUCCACCACAGGAAGGCGGAAGGCCUUUUCCACCUGCUCCUCUCACCUCACCGUGGUGACCAUUUUCUACGGCACUGUAAUGGCAGUCUACAUGCUUCCCAAGAAUAACACACUUAGUGCUCUGAAUAAGGUGUUUUCUGUCUUCUACACUGUCUUGACACCCCUGGCCAAUCCCCUCAUAUAUAGCCUGAGAAACAAAGAGGUAAAAGGCGCAAUGAAGAAGUGCGCGGCGCGGUGA